CGCGCAUGCUUGUCCUUUUUGAAACCUUGAUCACAACAAACAUGGAGACGGUAAGCAAUGCAACAACAGAGCAAACGGCCUUGACAGGAGAAAAGCAAGACGAUUCCGACGACGAAGAUGAGGGGAACAUUGAUCUAGGUGUCGCAGGUUUACCUCAAGUUAACUUUUCAGGUUUAAAAAACGAAUUUCAAACGAUUAAUUUGGAUGGAGACGGGGACGACGAAGAGGAAGACGAACCCUCUGAUCGCGACCUCUCGGAUGACAAACGGAAGAAAAAAUACAGGAAAAAGAAGAAGAAGAACCAGCCUUCGGAAAAUUCAUCCGACAGCAGUUCAGACGAUGACAGGAGAAGCAGCAGAAAGAAAAAAGAGACUGAAAUUGAUCCGGUUAGUGCGUGACAAUCAUGUGUCAUUUAUUCCCACUGUUUUCACAUUAUGCAUGUUAAAUAAAUGCAUUUACACGUAGACUGUUCAUUGCCUAAGAAUUAAAUCAGUGUUCGUCGUUUCAGAAGCAAAAUGAUAAAGAAUUUCGCCUUGAAACUAGAUUCUUAUCUACGCGUGUGUUUAAUGGGAAGCAAAGGCCUUCAAUGAAUACGAGCCAGGGAAACAAAACAUAAUUUGACGCUCUUCCUUGGCGUUCAAUAUUAUCUAUAUUUCUCGAUACUUAUGCAGCGUUUGGAAAAAAAUCAAAAUAAACGGACUCAAGCGAUUGAUUCAAUUCAGCAUUAAUCUAUCGUAAAGUUAGUCCUAGAAUUUGUUACUUUUAUCUAUCUAUUUAGCCACAAAUUACACAUUCUGACGCAGUUUACAGGUUCAUUGAAACAGGUUGUAAAUAUUGUUUUCUUCGUCAACUGCCAAGUGCAAAAAUAUUCGUCAUUGGAAGAGAUGCUUACGUAGCGAUUGAAUUACCAGGCCAGUUCUUGAAUUUUUUUUUUAAAGUCAAGAUGAGCACAUUUGUAAUUUUCAUGAAGUCGUGACUAAUAGAAUGACUCAACUAGAAAGAAAACUACCAUAGAAAGGAUAACACUUUUGUUUGUUUUUAGAGGGCAAAUGUUAAUUAUUAGUGACAAUCUCUGCCUUUCUUUUCCUGAAAAGCCAUGGAGUCUAAGAAAGUUGAAAGAACACAGGAAUAUGUUUAUUUUGAUGUUACUAGUACAGUGUCAAUGGGAUUAAAACACUUGACUCUGAUGAUGAGUUCCCUUCAUGUCAUCUAAAAUGUCAGUCAUUGUAAUCACAAGUAUUCCUUUCUUAGGCCACUGUCGCCUAAGUGAUAACAUUUUUUGUAUAGUAUAUUUAUAAUGUGUUGUGAAGUCAUUGUAAAUUUCACAAUAAAAGAUGAAACCAAUUUUCAUAAUGUAGACCAGACAGAGUACAGCUAAUAGUUCUUCAAGUUACAGAAAUAUCAUUAUGUACUUGUUGAAGAAAUGAAAAGAAUUAAAUGAUUGCUAUAAAUUGGUGUUAAUAAAUCCAAGUGUAAUAAGUGGCAUGACAGGUAAGGCUGGACACCCAUGCAACAAUAUCACUGAUUUCAUUAUGGUUUCCCAAGUACUGGUCUAUUAGGCUUACUGAUCGCAUGAUGAUGAUAAAGACUAGAUUAUGACAGGCAUUUAGAAAUCCAUUCAGAAACAUUGGUUGGGUCGUCUGUGACAUUUGUACCUCAGUAUAUGUGUGUUACCUAUUAAAUGAAAUCGUGCCUUUUUUAUGGCUACUUGCUAUGCAAUGUACAUGAUUGUGCAUGUAUUUAUAGAACUGAUGCAUUUAUACUUGUACAUCACAUAUAUUUACAGUCACGAUAUGUAAUGUCAGCUUAAAUCAAUUACAGGCCAUAAGUUAAUCACUUGUAACACUUUGGAAAUCCUCAUGAUCAACAAUAUUUCAAUCCAGUCCUACGAUAAUUUAUGUGACCUUCCACAGGAAAACAUACACUAACGGCUUUCUGUUAAAUGGGUGAAGUGCAUGGCUAUCAAACAAGUAACAAACGGUUAACUCACCUGUUCUAAUGGAUGUUAUCAAACGGCUGAACAGGUUGUCAAGUAUUCCGAAUGGCUUAUGUACAUUUUUGAACGGGUUACUCAAACAACUGAACGGCUUGUCAAAAUUUUUGAAUGGGUCAUGCAAACGACUGAAUGGCAUGUGAAAAUUAUCAAAUGGGUUACCCAAACAACUGAAUGGCUUGUGAAAAUUAUCAAACAACUGAAUGGCUUGUGAAAGUUUUCAAACAGGUUGACAUAGAUGGAUGAAUGGGUUUACGAUUAGUUUCGGACCGCUCUUGAAAAACAAUUGCUAUAAGAGCCAAACGGAUAGGCUGUUAUUCCAAACAAAUGGACAGAUCCAGUCCGAUUCACAUUUAAAGUAGGUUUGAACAGAUAGUCAACUGUUCUGAUGUAAUAAAAAUAUUGACUUCCCACAGCCACUAUAAAAUUGCCUGAGGAAGUAUUCAAGUUUGUUAAACAUGCAGAGACUUAGUUCAGCAUCUUCCAUGAAAAGCAAAACUCAAAUAACCUGUGAAGGUCAAGUUGUCAUUAUUUAUCAUUGCUGUGUUGAGUGUUUAUUGCCACUUUAUUGCACAAAAACGCGAUUGCAACUUUUUCAUUGCAGCUUUGCAUGUUGCCAAAUUGUUCCCUUUAUCUUUUCUUUUGACAGUGAAUUCAAUGUGGUAAACAUAAGUAUUAAGUGCAUGAUUCCAUUUCUGAUUUUAAUAUAAUAAAUUUUCUGACAUUUGCAUAAAGUAGACCUGUGUGAACAGAAAGCCAUUAAUAGUGUAUGUUUUGCUGUGGAAGGUCACAUAUCAUGAUAUGAUGAACCAAGGAGAUGUUAUUGAGACAGCUUACCCUUUGAUUUUUCAGUCUGACCUAACAUGGCCACUUUGGGUAUGGUACUACAUUGUAGCAGUAUCAAGUGGAGCUCUUAAAGGUAUUUACAAUUAAUAGAGGUAGUUUGUGCAAUCAUUACUCUUUUAUAGUUAUGUUACACCAUUUCAUGUGCUAUUUGUACAUUCUAAGAGUAUCCUUAUUUUAAUUUUCUCGAAGCUUUGAAAAAUGAUAAUUGUUCAAUGACAACAGAAUUGUUGUGAGUUUAUGAGUUUGAUUCCCAGAUUUCAGAUAGCUUGUUAAUGGCUGAGCGAAUAAAAUGUUUGACAUUUCAAGGUCAGUCUCAUUGGCCAAUUGUGAUAUAAAGAUUUAGCCAAGCCUAAAAGCAGAGCUCGCAUUUUUUUUCCCCCCUGCACAUCUCAAGUGCGGGGGGGGCCUGGCCAGGACUAGAACCCAGGUUGUCCAACUUGGAACCCAGAGCACUGACCACUCAGACUACUGGACAAAGCCAUGGCGUUGGCGUGCCUGUGGUACAGUUGACCGUGCAUGUUAAAAGAAGCACCUUGUAUGGUCGGUCGUACAGUUGUACGGUCACAAGUCCAAAUUUUUUUGGCUUGAUGGGUUACCACUACCAUUUUGUAUAAUUAUGGGGCUGCGCUCUGAGAGCUCUGCUGUUAUUAGCAGUUGUCAAUUCAGUUCACCUGUCUUAUAAUAUUACUGAUUCAUAAUAUUUUUCCCUUAUUCUUUCCUUUUUUUUUUGCUAUCUUUAGUGGCUGAAUAUCUAGGAGAAAAGCUGGCAGCUUUCUUUGGAAUUACCACACCAAGAUAUCAAUAUGUUAUUGAUGAAUUUUAUAGACUCAAGGAGCAGGUCAGUUGUACAUUGGUAUAUAUUAAGUAACUAUUCACCACAGUGGAGAUGGCUAGAGGUGAAUAUUUACCAUGCAGAGAAGGGGUGAGGUGAAUAUCUAACACUAGCCACUGACACUAAGUUAAAUAUUUGUUUUAGUAUAUUGCACCCAAAGAUGAUUUGGCUUAUUUGUUCUUGCAACAAUUACCUUAUUUCUGGGUGCAAAUCCAGUGCGAGUUACUUGGAGGUGAAUAGCAAAGGUUGUUCAGUGUUUUAGUAGCCAUUCAGAGCCCAUCUUUAAUGCUACCCCAUUGGUUUUUAGUAAACAAGGAGAUGAAUCAUGGAAUCAUAAAUCUUUACUGUCUGCCAUACAUUUCUUAUGAUGUUAGUUUGGAGAAUUUGUUACUGGAUCAACUACAUGUAUUAAUCCUUUAAUUUACAUUUUUAUUCAUUCUCACCACUUGUCUUCUUGAUAUUGGAUUGGUAUCAUAAGGAGAAAUUCUGUCUUGGUCAUUUAUGGGAGUUAAGGGGUUAAGAUUGACCUUGUUUCAUUAAUGAAGCCUCAGAAAUUAAUCCCCACUUUCAAUUUUAAAUGGUCUCCAAAAAAUUUUCUGUUUUGGUGUAAUAUUUUUUACAAAGUUUUAAUUUUCCAUCGAGUUAUUAUGAUUUUUAGAGUUCCUACUUUUGUGACCUAUUUUGAUGUUUUUAUUUGAUUAAGGUUGUCCUUGAGCAAAGAAAUUUUACUUAGCUUUUUUGGCAAGAAUUUGUUAUUAAAUCUGCUGCUUUAUUCCAUGAAACUGUAGGCACAUACUUUUGAUUAUUAUAUGACCCAUAUAACCCACACAUGCUUUUAUUGUAGGAAACCAGAGACAAAACUCUAAUUAUGAUAACACAAUAAUGUGAGCAGGGCCUUGUAAAGCCCUAUGGCCCUGUAAAGCCCUAUGACCCUGUAAAGCCCUAUGGCCCUGUAAAGCCCUAUGGCCUUGUAAAGCCCUAUGGCCUUGUAAAGCCCUAUGGCCUUGUAAAGCCCUAUGGCCUUGUAAAGCCCUAUGGCCUUGUAAAGCCCUAUGGCCUUGUAAAGCCCUAUGGCCUUGUAAAGCCCUAUGGCCUUGUAAAGCCCUAUGGCCUUGUAAAGCCCUAUGACCCUGUAAAGCCCUAUGGCCCUGUAAAGCCCUAUGGCCCUGUAAAGCCCUAUGGCCCUGUAAAGCCCUAUGGCCCUGUAAAGCCCUAUGGCCCUGUAAAGCCCUAUGGCCUUGUAAAGCCCUAUGGCCUUGUAAAGCCCUAUGGCCUUGUAAAGCCCUAUGGCCUUGUGAGCUACAAGCUGAAAGAAGAAAGGAAGAAAUAGGAACAAUGAGAGUCAUGUUUUAAAAUGUGUAUUGACUGAGUUAGGUCAGUCUGGACUUGAAAAUAUUUGGCUCUGGGUCAUGAUGCAUGGAACUUGCUGUGCCCAUUCCAUACAUUAUGACCUCAAACCAAAAUGUUUUCCCAUCUAGCCCUCCCACUCAGGUAACCCUUAAUUUCCCAUGAUUGAUGAAGACAACAUUUCUCCUGACAAUAUCUCCAACAAGUGAUGUAAGUAAAGAAAAAAAUUUUUUCUUAGUUAAUCCAAUACCAAGUUCCCCAUAGUAACCUCGUAAGAAUUGUAUGCCAUGUAGUAAGGAGAAUUAGUAAUGAGGUCUUGGAAGUAAAAUAGUUAAUAGCUACCUAUAGUCUAGAAAUACUUUGGGUAUGAAGGGGUCAAGUACUGAAAUAAUGUAACUUAGAGCUAUUUUUCUUUUAGGAAAGAGAAGAGGAAGAGCAAGAACGGAAAGAAAGGGAAUAUGUUGAAAGAAUGGCAGCUGAGAGAUUAGCAUCUUUAGAAGGAGGAAACAGCUUAGAUCUUCAAAAAGCUGCUGAAUUACUAAAUGGAAAUGUUGUCAAACAAAGUGUAGAGAACAUGCCAAACAAAUUUUGAACUUUUAUAACUGUUUCUGAACUACAAUUUGCAAUUAUUUGGAGAGCACUGAAUGUUUGUAGUCACACAACCAGUGCAACUGUCCACUACCCUGCAAUGUCAAAAACUGUUAACAUCUUUUUUUUUUUUUUUUUUUUUAAUCUCAUCAGCAUGCUGUACUUGUAGCUAAAGUAUAUGGUGUAGUAUAGACUUUUCAAUGUAGCUUUGAUUAUUGAAUGAAUUAGGCUUCAUGAUUAAGUACACUCUUUUGUUUUCAAUGUUGUAAACAUGUUUGUAAAGGGAGACACCUUUCAAUAUAACUUAGGGUAUGUCUGAGGAUACAAACAAAACCACAUUAAGUUGAAAAAUGGAUAUAUCUUCAAUGAGCUUGUAAAGAUGCUGUUUAUUCCAGUUUAUAUCAAGGGGAAAGUGCUGAAUUAGGCAUACAUUUGAGUGUAAACUUUGUACAUGUGUUCCUGCAUGAACCCACAUUGAUAGGGUUCUUAAAUAUCUAGAUAAUAUUUUUUAUGCAUCAGAAAAUUUUCAGAGCUCAAUUUUUCUACAGUAACUAGUUUACUGAUACGAAACUGUUAUUCAUCAGUAGUUGUAGUUCCAAACAAGGUAUCAUGACCCUAAUAGUAUGAAGUUGUAAGACAAAGUUUUCGUAGUGAUAUUAGCUCAAUUUGUAACUAUUAAUAUUGAAAAUAACUUAAAUACAGCGUAGAACUCUUAUUUAGGGAAUUCCUUUCUGUACAGGGUUCGUACAGGUCCCAUAAAACCUGGAAAGUCAUGGAAUUUUUAUAAUUUCAUUUUCCAGGCCUGAAAAGUCGUGGUUUGGCUCCUGGAAAAUUAUGGAAAAUUGGCUGGUUUGCUAUGAGUGCAAAGCAACAUAGACCCAAAUUUUAAACAAAAAAUUCAAGAAACAAGAUUUAAUUUCAGUAUAAAUAAAUAUUGGCAGAAGAUCUACCCUUGUGGGUAUUCUUGUUUGACAUCUAUGCAAAUUUGUGAGCCAUUUGGAAUGAACUUAUUGGUACACUUACCUAACUUAGAUUAUUGAAGUUUUUGGGAAGUCAUGGAAAGUCAUGGAGUUGUAACAGCUCAAAACUGUAUAGACCCUGUAUAUAGCAAAGGAGGACCCCUAUGUCAAAAUGUAUAAAGGGAAUUUUUUUUUUUAUUGAACUCUUUAGUCAUGCUGGGUAAGCUCUCUAAUGGCAAUUUUAACCCCAAUAUCUGAUUGGCAACAAAAUUUUCCAGCAAGGAGCAACUAGUAGUUGUAGUAUGUUUACUAUGUUAUUGUAACAUACAGGCUGGAUUUCACCAUGGCACAAUCAAUAAGGGAAAAAGUGACGAUCAUUGUAAUGGAAAGGUGUGGGAAAUGUGAGGGAUAUACGGAUUUUAUUUUUGUUGCUUUAUUCAGCAAGUCUUAUUUCAUCCAUGUGUGGGAAGAAAAUAUCCCUCAAAGCUUAUUUAACUUUCCUCCUUGUUACCAGAAUUGAUGUUGAACUAGUGAUGUGAACUAGUUGUCUUUGUUUGUAGACUGUGUUAAUGAUUGCAGUGUUAUGAGUUCAGGAUUUUCUCUACUCUGUGCUUAGAUCCCAUAACAUUGGUUUGUGUCCUUUUAAACUGAUUUUAUUUUCCAACUUUUCAUUUGCCACUGUUGGGAGGAAAGGUGAUAAACAUGGUAAAUAGAUUGUUAAAUAAUUUGCAAUUAUCAAGCAGUGUGGCCAUCCAGAUGUGAGCGUUACAGUUUUGUAUCAGUGGCUCUUCCACCUUCCCAACCUGGAGUAAGAGAGAGGGUCUACCAUCACAAACCAUUCAUAUAUGUAGGCAGUUCAAUCAAUUUAUCACAAAUUUAUUUUUUACCAACUAUUUAUUUGUUUAAAGUUAUACAAUAAAGAGCGGUGGUUUAGAACA